UGCAGUGUUGCUGUGUCCUGAGGUGAAGCUGCGAGGAGACGUGCUGCCAGGAGGUAAGGCCGCGUUCUGCGGGGUCGCUGCGCCGUGAGGCGAAGCCGCGAGGAGGCGUGAGGCCAUGAGGGCCCGGCGAGGAAUGCAACAGACGGCCCGGGAUGAAGGCAGGCAGCCCUGGCCGGAGCCGCUCGGCAGCGUCAGCCUCUGCCUCCCCUUCCGCUGCCCGCGGUGCGGCGACCACAGCCGGUUCCGGAGCCUCUCCUCGCUGCGGGCACACCUGGAAUACAGCCACAGCUACGAGGAGAGGAGCCUCCUGACCAAGAGCAGCCUCUUCUCGCCCCUGAAGGACGCGGAGCUGAUCUCCCCGCCCGAACCCACCGCCCAGGGCAGCCCGGGCAGCCCCGGCAGCGGCGUGCAGCACAAAGGGCCCUACCUGAGCUUCUGCGGCAGCGGGAAGCGCGAGCAGGCUCUGGAGCUGGAAGCAGAGCGGCCCGUCUCCUACGUGUCAAACUAUGCGCCGGCUGACUCUCCCAGCGAGCAGGUUCCAAAACCUGGCCUCCCGGCCACUGACUCCAAAGCCUCCUUCGAGGCACACGUCAGAGAAAAGUUUAACAGGAUGGUAGAGGCCGUGGACAAAACGAUCGAGAAACGAAUCGACAAGCUUACCAAAGAGCUGGCCCAGAAGACAGCGGAGCUACUGGAGGUGCGGGCAGCUUUUGUGCAGCUGUCCCAGAAGAAGCAGGAGGUGCAGCGACGGGAGCGGGCUCUGAGCAGGCAGGUGGACGUGGCGGUGGAGAUGAUCGCAGCCUUGAAGCAGCGCCUCACCGAGUCCGAGGAGGAGCUCCACCGCAAAGAGGAAGAAGUUGUUACUUUCAACCAGUUCUUGGAAGAAGCAGCAGAAAAAGAAGUGCGAGGAAAAGCCAGGCUCCAGCACUUCAUUGAGAACCUGUUGCAGCGCGUGGAACUGGCAGAAAGGCAGCUAGAGUAUUACCAAAAUCAGCAGAUGGUGUGCAACCACACAAACAUCAGCGAGCAUGUGUUUACAGACAUUUCAUUAAAUAAGAAGCCCAGAUGCCUAAGCAGAGGAAGUCAACAAGCUUUGUAUAACAUCCCUGAUUCAAAGCCUCAUUCCUUUCAAAAAGGAAGAAUCUUGUUGAAAAAAGCGAAGGAUGAAAAAACCAGCUUGCAGCCAGUGAAAUGCUUCUAUGAACCUAUUGAUUGCCCAAGAGAAAUAUGGAGAGCACAAAAGAAGGGUGAAGCAGUUUGCUCUGCCAGGAAAGUGAGCUCAAAAUCCAAGAUGGGGAAGAAGGCCAAACCGCUAUAGGAAUGGUUAGCAAUAUAUAGUAACACAGGAGCUUGGUUUCAAUGGAGCAAAUAUUGAAUGAAAUUCAUCAUCCUACUUUUUCCUAUCCAUCUGGCCAUGCCAAAAUGUAUCAGAUAUAAUACAUAGAAAUAUAUACAGUAUGGAAGAUUUAUAUUAUUUAGUAAUGCCAUUCCCUCUUUGGAUGCUGUAAGAGAGGUUACACUUUAGCCAGUUGACAUGGAGGUUUUUCUAUCUAAUUAUUUAUUUAUUUAUUUAUAGAGCUUAUUAUAACUGACUGCUGUUAUCUUGCUGGGCAGUACUGUGGCUGUAUGUUUAAUUAUUUUAGUAGCAGCAUGUGGCUUGGUAUUUUCUUUUCCAUCUGUGCUGUUGCUGAAGUUCAGAAGAAUCCAUUUAAUUGGCACCUGAAUACUUGGUCUUUCAGCUUGGGUAGGUAGAAGAUCAAUGAUUCACUGUUACCUGCACAAAGUGCAAAACAUCUACUUGGGUUUCUUGAAGUCUGUUUGCAGCAAUAGGUUGCUACUCUGGAUAUUCUGCCAUAAGCCCAGUGGGGCACAUUUCCACAUUUUACUGCAUACAUUAGACCAUUUGAUUCUGCCAUGUUGCCUGCUGGUACAAGUUUGGGCUGCUCCAGUAUUUCAAGCACAGCUUUCCAAUUCCAGAAGCUUUAUGGCUUUGCUGUACACACCAGCCUCUGGUGUCACGGCAGCCCUGACAGCAUUUCAGUACCAAGUGCCAGCAGCAAGUUGUUACCCACUGUUGAACAGCAAGUGAAAGGCUAAAGCAACGGCGUUACCUUGCAUGGCACUGCGUUCAGCGCCUCUGCUUGGUUCUAGGCAGGAGAGGCCUAAAAUGGCUUAGAUCAUCACUGAAACCCUUCACAAUUUUAUAUCUGAAAAACCUUUGCAGGGCUGACAUAUCCCUGUAUUUCAACUAAAAACCUAAGAGCAAGGAAGUUAGAAACAACUGCAGGACAGGAAUGUGCUUAUUUACAUUGGUUUGUGCCAAUUAAAAGGAUCCUUAUUUAUUAGAGUAUCUAUCAAGAUGAUUUUUUGUAUGUACAGUUUUUUGGUAACAUAAAUUCUCAUGCCAUGUUUACAGAUAUGAACAUCCUGUUGAUGUUACUGAUGAGAUUUGUUUUCUCAAGAAAAUGAAAGGAUAGGGGAGACAAGUCUAAUUUAUUUUUUAAAUGCUCAUAACAGAUGUAAAUUGUUUUUGUGGAAGGUGAUUUUUACAGUAUGUGUACAAAGAUUUGUGAAAAAUGUUUUUCAUUUUUUAUAACUAUAAUUGUAAGCAGAACUGAGCAUUAAUAGAGAGUGUAUCACUAUGAUGACUGCUGCAAUAAGCACUUGAGUUGCAAUGUUUUUAAAGCAGAAGAUGACUGAUCAGUCAACUAUGAUCAGGUAACUACAGAUGUCAUACAUUUGUCCUUUACAGAGCUCCCAGAAAGCAGCAGAGUGAAGAAAGAGAGUAUUAUUCCUCACUUUAAAUAGCGUAUAUGGAACAAUCAGAUAUAUGUUUAAAGUUUCUCAACACUGUUUCAGUAGAAUGUCACAGUGUAAAACCAAUUCAGGUAUUUAGGUUGUAAUGACAUUUUAAUACUUAUUUAACCAUGUCACAAGGCCACGCUUGGCCUUAUGCUAGGGUUUGUGUGUGGUGAAAAGGAAUUGUUAAUUGUAUUGCAUGGGUUUGGGUCAGAUUGUUUGUUACAAAAACUUUAUUAGGCAAGCCACAAAAUAGAAACACUUCCUUUAGUUUUUUCUAUUGCUUCUGAUAUCCUUUACAAACCUGAAAAAAUUACCCUUAUUGAAGAUAAUAUAGGUAAAUUUUAGAAAUAUAAUAUAUUCAUCUUUAUCCACCUGACACUGAAAGAAUAUUUUUAUUUUUAAAUGCCUGUCUACUCUGUUAGUCACCAAAGUUAAGUGCAACUACUAGUUCACAAAUGAAAUGUUUAUUUUAUUAUUUAUCACACCAAAAUCUUGGCUAAGUCGCCCUUUUGGGGGAGGAGGAGAAAAAGAGAGUAAAAUAACUUGCAUAUUCUUAAACUUUUCAAAUCCUAUGUAACAGUUUUUGCUGAACAAAUGCCAGGUUAGUUAAUUAGAAAGAAAUUGGAUUGUACUGUAACCCCAGAUAAAAAUUUUUAGAAUAUAAACAUUCUAAUAAUAAAGAUAUAUUUCUCA